CACUCUACAGGCAUCUCUUUCAUGAUUCUCUUCUCCCUUUGCUCAGCUCCCUCUCCCAGAUGUUCUGUGCAAAAUUUUUAACCUUCUCAUGUAAAAGAAGUCUGAAAGUAGGCGGACUCAUUCUUACCUCAUCCUCAUCUAUGGUGCUGGCAGGAAGUCAGAACAAUUCUUGGAUAAAUAUCUGCCAAAAUGAAGGGUGGGGAUGGGUACUGAACCACGGAAGCCACUCCUGGGAGACUGACAGGGUUGACCCGUGCCAGUUUGGGGCCUGCAUUCCAGGAUGGUUUGUUCUCGGGACCAGACCUGACCAGAAGUUGACCUCAUGAGCACACCAGCCCUUCCAGCUGCCAUGCUCCUCCGGAGGCUGAGGCGGCUCUCCUGGGGCAGCACUGCCAUCCAGCUCUUGAUCUUAACGGUGGUGACGUUCGGCUUGCUGGCCCCCCUGGCCUGUCACCGCCUUCUGCACUCUUACUUCUAUCUGCGCCAUUGGCAUCUGAACCAAAUGAGCCAAGAGUUCCUGCAGCAAAGCCUGAAAGAGGGUGAGGCUGCCCUCCACUACUUUGAGGAGCUGCCCUCUGCCAAUGGCUCAGUGCCCAUCGUCUGGCAGGCCACCCCCCGCCCCUGGCUGGUUAUCACCAUCAUCACUGUCGACAGGCAGCCUGGCUUCCACUAUGUCUUGCAGGUGGUGUCCCAGUUCCACCGGCUUCUUCAGCAGUGCGGCCCCCAGUGCGAGGGACACCAACUCUUCCUGUGCAACGUGGAACGUAGCGUGAGCCACUUCGAUGCCAAGCUGCUGUCCAAGUACGUCCCUGUGGCCAACCGCUAUGAGGGCACCGAGGACGACUAUGGGGAUGACCCUUCGACCAACUCGUUCGAGAAAGAGAAGCAGGACUAUGUGUACUGCCUGGAGUCCUCCCUGCAGACCUACAACCCGGACUAUGUCCUGAUGGUGGAAGACGACGCCGUUCCGGAGGAGCAGAUCUUCCCGGUGUUGGAGCACCUCCUGCGGGCCCGCUUCUCCGAGCCGCACCUCCGAGAUGCCCUCUACCUGAAGCUCUAUCACCCCGAGAGGCUCCAGCACUACAUCAACCCGGAGCCCAUGCGGAUCCUGGAGUGGGUCGGCGUGGGCAUGCUGCUGGGGCCCCUGCUCACCUGGCUGUACACGCGGUUCGCCAGCCGGCCGGCCUGCAGCUGGCCCGUCCUGCUCUUCUUCUCCCUGUACAGCAUGGGGCUGGUGGAGCUGGUGGGCCGCCACUACUUCCUGGAGCUGCGGCGGCUGAGCCCGGCGCUGUACAGCGUGGUUCCCGCCUCCCAGUGCUGCACCCCCGCCAUGCUCUUCCCCGCGCCCGCGGCCCGCCGGACCCUCACCUACCUGUCCCAGGUGUACUGCCACAAGGGCUUCGGCAAGGACAUGGCGCUCUACUCCCUGCUGAGGGCCAAGGGCGAGCGGGCCUACGUGGUGGAGCCCAACCUCGUGAAGCACAUCGGGCUCUUCUCCAGCCUCCGGUACAACUUCCAUCCCAGCCUGCUCUAGCCGCCCAGAAAUGCCUCGCGGCGCGGCGCGGCGCGGCGCGUGCCCGGCCCGGACCUGGCUGCUGGCGCGGGUCUCGUCGCUUCUCGUCGUCCCGGUCGUCGUGGCCGUCGGGGACCGGCCGCUGAGGCGGCUGAGGGCCUUGGUGACCGGCAGGAGCGGAUGGCCGCGCCCAGGCGGGGGCCCUGCCCCUCCACGCGGCCACACUGCCUCGCGCCCUGGGACCCAGCCCCCGAGGGGCCAGCUCAGCACCGGUCCCCUUCUCCAGCCGUCUCCAGCUCUGCCCUGUCCCAGGGCUCGUGACUGCCCAGAGUACGAAGGCAGGACCGCUUUAGGGUUUUAAGGGGAGAGGUUGGUGAGACGUGGGGUCCUUUCCAAUCGGUUUCCCUUCCCACGGGGCCUGACGGUGGACGCGGGUUUAAAAUCGGUGUCCAAGCGGCAGGGCCACCUCUGCAUUCGCGUCUCUGACCUGCUGUAGCAAACGCCGGUAAAAGCCGUUGUCGUGCCCGGCGACCCGGAGGCAGGUGAUCUCGCUUCUGUUACCUGGCCCUGCUUUUCCACGCAGCUGCGGUGUGCUGAUGGUCGGUAUGGUCAGUGAGAACCUUAGGGCACAACACGAUCUGGAAGCGCCUUCCACAUCGUCAAAGUCAAGUUGGCUUAUGUUCAGACGCGAUUUCACAGCGAAUAUUUCUAUCAUAUUCUUGUUCUUUGAAAGUUGGACAUUGCAGAAUGAUAGAAAGCGGGAGAGCCCUUUACCAAUGGCAUAUCCUUUUCUCUGAUUUUGCUGGCUAACCGUGCCCCCUCAUUAUUUUUUUUUUUUUCCUUCUGGGCAUCAUGAUGUCAGAGAAGCUAAAGUGUAGACCCCUAUGAAGUCAGAAGGCCUGAAUUUUCAUUUCGGAUCCUCUGCCAUGCCCUAGUGAUGCGAACUUGAGCAAGUCACGAGCGCUCAGAGUCUCAGUUUCUUCGCCUGUAAAAUGGGGGAUGGCGAUACCUACCUUUUAGAGCUGCCUUGAGGAUUAAAUGACAGAAUGUAUGUAAAACACUUAGCAAGUGCUUAGCUCGUGGAAGGCACGUGGCAAAUACGAGUUCUUUUCUCUCUUGUAAUAAGUGUGUGACACUCAAAUUGUAUUUUGGAUAAAGAUACUAGUGAUGCUGUUUUAAAGUGUGCAAUAGGGCAUAGGGCUCCCACCCAGGGAGUAGACAGCCUGGACCAAACUGCUCGAAUAAAGGCUGACUUGUCGUUGUGAUUUGUGAAGGAUAAUGUAGCUCAGCUUUCAGCUACCGCCACCUCCGAUCACGCCAAAAACAAUUGUUCGUUCGGACUGGAAAUGAUCCGAGACUCCUCUUGAGCUUAUUCCAAGACUAGCAUCUGAAAACUACUCCAAAGUUACGCUUAAAUGUCCUUUGAUGAUACUUAUGAGACCAGAGGCCAACAAGUCCCUUUAUGAAGAUGGAUGUCCACACUGGAGUACAAGCGUCGUCGACAGUUUGUUUCCAUGCCACGUCUUCGUUUGCUUUUUAAAUUUCCAGUGAGUUUCCAUCUGGAGAUCCCCCGGAGAGCACCAAGACGGUACCUGGGAGUUCCAGUUUGCUGAUGAACAAACUGAGACCGAGGGAGGUGAAACCGCUUUUCCACAGGUUCGCUCGGCUGGACGGCAGCAGAGCCAGGACGGGAACAUUGCUCCCCUGACUCCCAGCUCCUGCACUUUUUUCUUAACCACGUUCAUUUUCUCAAUAUCUGUGUUGUCAAGUUCUCUUUUGUAGAAUAUGAUUGUAACCUGGACUGAAAAAUGUCUCUGUAAGCUCCUGUGGUAGAAACUCAUUGUCCUGUUGGUCUUGGGGAAGAAAUAGGUCUGAAUGUGUGUCGUGCUGUUCUCUUGAGACAUUAUGUGUCCCUCAGGAAAGUCCAAAGUGAGCAGAGCUACUGGAUGUUUUACCAAGGUGUUCAGAUUCCACUCCUCCUUUCAUCCUCGUCCGAUAACUGGUUCAUCCCAUGUUCAGGAACAGAACCACCCCCAGCCUACAACUCAUUAGAGUUUGUUGCAUUAACGACGGGAUCUCCUUGUGAAUGUUUUUUUGCCCAGCAGCAGGAGCGUCACAUCUAAGCCAGCCAGGCAAAAGCUUGGGAAUCAUUGCUGGUUUAUAUUUCUGCUUUCUGAUUCAGUCGUCUACCGCAUGCAGAUGUCCCUCCCCUCUGACUCCUCCAUGCUGGAUGGCUAAAGCUGUCUUUGCCUUGUCAAAUUUCUCUACCUAUACACUAAGACACCUUCCCCCUGUAGAUCUUAACUAGAGCCUGUUGUCUCUGGACAUUUUCUGCAGAGGUCAUGCUCAGUUCUUCCGUUUUAUCUCCACCCUCUUCUGGAUCUCCCUCCCUUUUGUCCCUCAUUCCUAGAGCCCAAUUUUUGUAUGCUGUCCUUAAUUAGGACAACUGACAGCUUUACACCAAAGCUGAAGUCUCAUUUAAUCCUAAGCAGGGGAGCUAGAGGAGAACUAAAGCCCCCUUUCCAUCACAAGGGACAUAGAUCACCAGGAGGGUGAAGGCCUCUAACAGAACCUGCUCACCUUUCAGGGUUUAAAUAAUCAUCAGGCCUAACUAAGAGGAGAAUGAGAGAGAAUGACAAAAGUCUUCUCAGAUGCCUCAGUGGAACAGGUGCUUUUAUUUGAACUAAUAUUUCUAUGCGAAUAUACCCAGUCACAAAGUUCCCUAUUGUCACAAAGUUCCCUAUUGUGGCUGGGUAUAUUGGCAUAGACGUAUCAGUUCAAAUAAAAGCACCUGUUCCACUGAGGCAUCCUGAGAAGACUUUUGUCAUUCUCUCUCAUUUCUAUGGAUGGAUUUUUCUAAUGUGAAUAGUAUUGAAACUAGACACACAUACACUCACACACACACACCAUUUUGGAGUUCCAAGGUAGCCAUUCACAAUUAUGGGCUGUUUGCUUUAAAAUUCACAACUGGUUUUGUUGUACUUCUUAAGUGGAAACGUUUGAAUUGUGCAUUCUUUUUUAUUGCUGUUUAAAGAAAGAAGAGUGAGAAUACAACCGUGCAACUGGAGAAUAUAAAUCGGAUUAAUGGGAUGAUAAGAUUAAUCUAAUUUACCUUGGAUACACACUCCUUAUUUGGUAGAAUUUAUUUAAUUGGUAACUUAAAUUGGGUAGAGAGGCAUUCUAAUUGGAGUUGAUUAGUGUGGGAUUUUUAUACAUACAACGAUACAUUGUGAGUUAUAGUAAUCUGUGAUAUGAAGUUGGCUAAUUUUAAGUCACAUGAACCAUUUGGACAUUUUUAUCCUAAUUACAAUGAAUUUGCUGAGAAAAGCUCAUUAACUGGCACUGGUUUUGUUUUUGUUCUUAGGUUGGAUUUCAUUUGGAAAACCUUUGAGAACUAUGUAAAAAAUGAUUGAAAAUGUAAUUAAAAAGUACUUAAUAUAUUAGAACUGCAGUGAAAAUGUGCUGUGACUUCUAGGUCACUCCAGUACUUGGGUUGUAGCUUUGUUGUGAGUCAUCACUUUGUAAUGAAUGGGGAUUUUUGGCUUAGAACUUAACAGAUUUUCUUGAUCUUUUCCCUAAUGUCCUACACAGAUAAUGUGGAUGAAUGAACUGAUUCAAAAGAGGCAUCUCUAUUAAUAAUUUGGGAUAAAAACAGAUGAAAAUCCAAAUCCAAAUGAUGAAUUUAUCCAAAAGAAACAAGGACAUAGGGAUGGGGUAGCUUUAAGAUGUCUGAGAGAUGGAAGAAGAAGACAAAGAUGUAGAGUGAAGCAAAGGAUCUCACAUUUGUCACCUGUUCCUGUGUGCCUCCAACUCCAUAUGUAUUCCUUUUCUUUUCUUUUUUUUUAAUUUUAUUUCUAAGUACUGUCUACACCCAGUGUGGAGCUCAAACUUAACAACCCCGGGAUCUAGAGUCACAGACUCCACUGACUGAGCCAGCCAGGUGCCCCUGUAAUAAAUUCUUCCUGUGUGCCCCACUGUCGUGAAAUCUUUAUAGGACCAGCCUAUGGAGAAUGCAUAGGAACUAAACAAUGAAUAGUCAAUGUUCUAGAUAAAUAAUUCAUUACUUUGCUAGCACCUGGCUUCCUACUGAAUUUAUCUUUUAAAAGAUUUUAUUUAUUUAUUUGAGAGAGAGCUCACAAGCCGGGGGAAUCAUGACCUGAGCUGAAGGCAGACAUUUAGUCGACUGAGCAACCCAGGUGCCCUUCCUACUGUGUUUAGAAUAAAAAUGAAGCCCCCUAAAUUACCUUCCAGGCCAGAUGAGAUCUGGCCCCUGCAAAUUGUCUGACUUCAUGUCUUAUUACCACUCCCAACCUUUUUUUCCAGCCUCUAAUCAUACCAGCUUACUUUUACUUAUUUGGACUUGCUGCACUGAUUCUUACUGCAAGUCCUUUGCAUGGCCAUCCUCUCUAUUUGGAACACUUUUCCUUUGGCUGAAUCUUUCCUAUAAUUCAGGCCUCAACUUAAUUGUAAUCCCUCCCAAUAAAUUUUCUAUCCUAUCUCAAGCAGUCUUCCUCCCUUCCCAACCCCCAGGCCAAUCUAUCACUUGCCCAGUGAUUUUCUUCAAAGCUCUUGUCAUGACCUGAAAUUCCCUUAUUAUUUUGGGAUAUUUCCCCCCUCCUUCUCCCUACACAGGAUAUAAACUUCACAAUGUCUGGAAUCUUCUUUUUCAUUUAUUGCUGUAUGCCCAGAUCUUGGAACAAUACCUGAUGCAAAUUAGGAAAUGAAUGAAUAAAAGAGAAAGAAAAGAAAGGGAGGAAAAGAAGGAAAGAAAGGAAGAAAGGCAAGAAGGAAGGAAGGGGAAAAAUGAAAAGGAAGAGCAGAAGCGUCUACAGUGGAACUGACUAUGGAAAAGAGGAAUAUCAGUAGAAGAGAGAAGGGACUAGGGAAGAAAAUUUAGGAGAGACAGAGCAGGUCCGGGUAGUGCGGGUUCAUUAUGAUGUACAAUUCUGAUCCCAGUGAAAAGAAGUGUUUUACAUACAUUCCAGGCAGGGAGAAUGGCAAGUACGAAAAGGACCUUUUUACACCACCGUACAGCUGCUUUUUGGGGUUGUUACGGUUUUAUUUCUAGUGUGUGCAUUGGGGGUUGUGUGUGUGUGUGGGGGGGGGAGUGUUCCUGUGUUACUGUCAAGCCAAGGCUGGGAUUUUACUUUCAGGCUGCAACUGCUGCAUCUUCUUGGUGCUGCCAAUGGGAAUCCUCUAGUCAUGAACACCACCCGUGGUGAGUCUACAGCCUCUUCGAGGACUUUUAGGCUAAGAGGCUGGAAAGAGAAUGACAGAACAAUCACCACACUGUACCAGUGAACUCAGGUUAUAGGGGUGAGUGGCUCUGGUGGUAGGUGUGGCCUUUGGUAAAACAUUAUACGAUUUAACACAAACCAAGCACAGAGAGGUAAACUUUCCAGCGACUAGAUGUGAGGAAGAGGUGACUCUUAGAGGUUCGCUUUUCUGAAACACAAGUUUUAGGUUCUUUUAUGUUGUAUUAGUAUGGCUUUAUUUAAAUGGGAAUUCUCUGCAAAACUCGUACACUGGCAACAUUUUAGAAAAGACUGUACGCUACCCCAGUUUGGUUUUAUCCAGAAAAAAGAUGUAAGCUCUGGCAUGGCUGUGACCCAAAGACCUGGUUGCUUGUACAGUCAGUGGCCCAUACUUUGGAAACACAAGUGAACUAGUCUGUUUAGAUAGAUUUCUUCUUAGCACCACGUUUGGGCAAUUCCUCUUGUCCUUAUCAACCAAACCCUUGCCAGCCCUAAUACAUCCAGAAUCCAUAGCCAGCUAGGAUUCACCAAAUGAAGGUUGGCUUCCAUCUAGCUCCUGCAAUGAAUUUAUGAUAAAGGAGGCAGGGUUCCUGGAAUCUACAUGUGGAGUACUCUCCUUCUUUUGCACAAGAAGAGGAAAAACCAUCUAAGUUUUAAAAGUUAUUAAGAGAAAAGAGUGGUCUGUGUCUAUCACAUUGACAAUCAUAGAACAUGUAUUAUUCUGCAAGGAAUUACAUCAAGCAAAUUAAUCAUAUGUAAAUCUAAAUAUAGUGUUUAAUCUCCAUCUUAAUAAAUGCCUCUAUCCCAUUA